CACGCUCCGGACUCCCCGCGCUCCAGGCUCUCCGCGCUCCAGGCUUCCACUGUUCCAGGUUUCCUGCUUUCCUGGAUCGCAGAACUACAGGCUUUCUGCGCCAUGAACACCAACCAGACAGCCUCCCUGGGGCAAAUCAACCGCGCUUUUUCUCCCCCCAACUAUGAGCUACUGUCGGAGGAGCGAGAACUGCGGCCGCCGGGCCAGGUUCCAGCCUCCACUAUCAUCAGCGUUCACUCUUAUGAGCUUCCCCCGAAGGAUUUCUUGGUCUGGUCGGUGUUCAACACAUUGUACAUGAACUUUUGCUGCCUGGGUUUUAUGGCGCUGGUCUUUUCAGUAAAGGCCCGGGACCGGAAAGUGGUGGGUGACCUAAAUGGGGCCCGGAGCUAUGGAUCCACAGCCAAGUGUCUCAACAUCUUCGCUCUGAUCUUCUCUCUUCUGCUGAUCGUUCUGUUCAUCGUCCUGGUGGCCACCGGCAUCAUCAUCGUUAAGAGAGCUGCCACGAGCCUGAAUGAGAACUCUCACUUAUCCGAUUUCUUUCCAGGCAAUUGAUUUAUCACAAUUCUGCCCCAUCUCUAAACCCAGUCACUCUCCCCACCCCCAUCUUGUGGCUCCUCUUCUUACUUGGAGGGCCUCUCUGGACUUCCCUCUCCGCCCGCCCCAUCCCGCCCCACCCCGUCCCAUUGUAUUCAAUAAACCACUUUGUACAUA